AUGACAUCCGUGGCCAUUCCCGACGUCGACGACGAUUUCACCGUGGACGUCCGCGACUUCAACGGCGUCGUCGUCGCUUUACGUCGACCGAAAUCCUUUCCGGAAGAAUCGAGUACUUUCGACAACGACGAGACCGGACGCGUGGAAUGGCGCGCCUCCCCGUCGCUGUGCGCGUUUCUAUCGAGCUCGAGCGGCGAUCGUGUUCGUGCGAUCGGUGUCGAGGUGCUGGAGGUCGGCGCUGGGUUGGGUGGGCCGGGAUUGGUGCUGUGGAGGAUGGGCUUGGCUCGGCGCGUGGUCACGACGGAUGGAAACGUCGGCGUCGCGGCUGAUUUGGAGUCAUCGAUCGCGAGAAAUCGAUCGAUGGUGGAUAGAGAAGUGUUGAACAGUUUAGGAGAAGUAACGUCUAAAGUUUUAACGUGGGGCGAUGGCGGCGCGAGCGUUCGAGAGGUGUUACGCGGCGAACGAUUUCCGCUCGUCUUGGCGAGCGACGUCGUGUACAGCGCUUUGAGCGCCAGAGGGGUCUUGGAGCUCGUCGAAUCGACGUUAAGCGUCGAGGGUGAGAGCGCGUUCGUUUUGGCGUACGUCUCCAGAUGGCCGCACGUCGAUCGGGCACUGUGGGAAGCCAUCAUCGAUCUUCGAUGGACGGUGCGGGCGCAGAACCCGGCCACGUUCGACGACGUGGCUCGAGCUGAGGCUCUGGAGGAUCGUCCGUGCGUGUUCGUCUUGACGAGGCGCGCGAAAGACGGUGGGAAGAGGAACGACGAUGAUGCGAUCACGUUUGAAUCGAGCACGACUAGGCGCGAGUGGAUGGAUGAGGACUCGGAGACGCUCAAGGUGACGCCGUGCGAUGCGUUGACGGAGAGUUUCGUGAGCGAUCUAGCGAAGACGCUUCGUGAGCGAGGUGAAGACAUCAAAACCCUGGAAAUAAAUUUUAAAGGACCGUUCAAGAUGUGCAAGAGAACUUUGGACGCCUUGAUUGACGCAUUUGGGUCGAAAAUCAAUCUCGAGAGAGUGCGCCUGCGUGAGUGUUGGCUCGACGUCGGGUGUUGGCGCCGGUUCGGCCGGUUUCUGAGCGCUCUCACAACGUUGAGAGAGCUCGAAAUCAUGGGCGAAGAGAUCGACGGCGAUGUUUUGAAUGCCAUCGCCGGGGACGAAACGACAUGGAUCAAACGCUUGAGGCGAAUAAAGUUUAGUCGAUGCGAGAAGUUUGACGCCGUAGCCGCAAGCGUCUUGCGAUCGACGUGGUUUCCAACAGUUGAGUCUUCGCGAAACGUCGAGAUCUUGGAUAUAUCGCACUGUGAUAUUGCUGACGAAGGGUUGAAAUCGCUGUGUGCGAUCCUCGUGGGAAUGCGCGAGAUUCACCUGACGCACGCCGGGAUUUCCGCGCUCGGCGUGGCGGAGCUCGCAAGAACGUUUUGCAAUCACAGAGAGCUUCAAGAGCUUGAUCUGAGCGGAAAUGACUUCGGUGAGUCCGGAGCGGCGGAAUUGGGCGAUUAUUUGAGCCAUCUCGCGCCCUCGCUCAAGGUACUAGACGUACGUGGAUGCAACAUCGGCGAUCGAGGCCUCGCUUGGUUGCGCCUGGACGCGCUCGAAGUGCUUGAGACGCUCCGUCUUGGAUCGAACGGCGUCUCUGACGACGCCAUGUCUCCCCUCGCUUGCAUCCUGAGGGACUCCAACCUCGCGAACACGCUCAAAUCUCUCGAUCUCGCCAUGAACAUCAUCACCUGGCGCGGCGCUUUCGACCUCACCGACGCUUGGACCGAGCCGUCGACGUUCGCGACGGAAAACCCAACCGCAAGCCGCUUCGCGCUCAACACCCUCUCCGUGCGCGGAAACCACUUGGGCGACGACGGCGUGGAUGCCAUCAUCGACGCAAUUCACUCACUCCAAGCUCUCAUCGAGCUCGACCUCACCGAUUGCGCCGUCUCAUCCGCCGCCGUCGCCGCCCUCUUCGCCGCCCUCGUCAACCGCCGACGAAUCGCCGUGCGUCUCCGUUCCAACCCGCGCGUCGACCGCUCGUCCCUCCCUCCCCCCCCCACCCCCCCCAACGUCGGUCCAAUCUUUCUCUUUGACUGA